AUGGAGCAAAUGGAGAGGCGUUUCCAACGCAUGCUAGAACCCAUUCAAGAUGAGUUGCUGCAACUCCGAGCGUCUGGAACACCAAAAACCUCUAAGUCCAUGCGAAGGCGAAGGGACGUGGAGGAGUCGUCCGAUGGUUCCAAUAAUGAUGAUGAUGAUGAGGAACCUCGAAUUCGACCAAGGCAAAGGAACCAGACUGGACCUACCGAUGUAUUCAAGGGAAUCAAGAUGCAAAUCCCUGAGUUCAAAGGACGGUCCGAUCCCGAGGCCUUUCUCGAAUGGUUAUCCAAGAUCGAAAUGGUCUUUUCUUGCCAAAACUACACCGAGGUGCAAAAGGUGCAAUUGGCCACCAUGGAAUUCACUGAGUACGCUGUGGUUUGGUGGGACCAAAUCAAGAAGUCUAGAAGGAGAAAUGGGCUACCUGAGCUCAUUCCAUGGCCCGAGCUUCGAGCCAUGAUGCGCACCCGCUUUGUACCUGGACAUUACACUAGGGAUUUAUACCACCGGUUACAAACCUUAGUCCAGGGCAACCGGAGUGUGGAUGAGUACCACAAGGAGAUGGAGAUCCUGAUGCUUAGAGCGGAUGUACAGGAGGAUCCUGAAGCCACCAUGGCGAGAUUCUUGAGCGGGUUACGACCCGAUAUUGCUGAACGAGUGGAACUUCAACAUUAUAUGGAGUUGCAUGAGCUUGUAGACAAGGCUAUUAAGGUCGAGCAAAGACUCAAGAGGAGGGGUACCACUCGAUCGAAUUUCGGCAAUACCACCUACUCUACCAACCGCCCAUUCCAACCAAGGAAUGAUUCUCGGCCUUCACCAAAUGCUCCUACACCAAAGCCGAGAUUCGAGGGAGGUAAGGUGGGCAACACUAGUAUUAGUAAGCCGCCCUCUUCUACUCCAAAAUUUGAGGAGCCUGGGGUACAAACUAGAGCUCGUGAUACUCGAUGCUUCAAAUGCCAAGGUAGAGGCCAUAUUGCUAGUCAAUGUCCCAAUCAAAAGACUAUGAUUAUGAUGCAAAAUGGUGAGAUCGUGAGUGAGGACGAAGCCGAGUACGAAGGCAUACUUCCUCUUGACGGAGGUAGUGAUGGGGAAUCACCAAAUGAAGAGGAGUUUAGUGCACCCGAGGGUCAUUUUGGGACUGCAUUGGUUGCAAGGAGAGCAUUAAUUGCACGUGUUAAGGAGGACGAGCUUCAACGGGAGAACAUCUUCUACACCAGGUGCUUCAUCAACCAAGCACUUUGUAGUGUGAUUAUUGAUAGUGGGAGCUGCACAAAUGUAGCUAGUUCACUCAUGGUGGACAACUUGAAGUUGCCUACAAGGGAUCACCCGCGACCCUACAAACUCCAAUGGCUCAACAACUCUAGGGAGGUUCGAGUAACCAAGCAGGUUCUUAUAUCCUUCCAAAUCCAUAAAUAUUCUGAUGAAGUAUUAUGUGAUGUAGUUCCUAUGCAGGCUAGUCACAUUAUACUAGGUAGGCCUUGGCAGUUUGACAGACAGGUGACUUUUGAUGGUGUGACUAAUAAGUAUAGUUUCUUGUACAACAGUAAGAAAGUCACACUAGCUGUUCCAGUCAUUCUGGUGCCCAAGAAAGAUGGGAAAUUUGUGGUAGUUUAUUUUGACGAUAUCCUAAUUUAUAGCAAAUCUUAUGAUGAACACCUAGAGCAUAUUAGGGCUGUUAUGGAUGUACUUCGAAGAGAGAAGCUCUAUGCCAAUCUCAAGAAGUGUAAUUUUUGCACUAAUGAGCUUGUGUUUCUAGGGUUUGUUAUAAGUGCGCAGGGAAUGAAGGUGGAUAAUCAAAAGGUGAAAGCUAUUCAAGAGUGGCCAACACCAAGGUCUGUGGGCGAUGUUCGAAGCUUCCUUGGCCUUGCGGGUUUCUAUAGGAGAUUCGUGAGGGACUUUAGCACCAUUGCUGCCCCCCUGACCGAGUUGAUAAAAAAGAAUGAGAACUUCCAUUGGGGAGAAUCUCAAGAACAGGCUUUCCGUGCUUUAAAGCACCAACUCACACACGUACCUGUACUUGCUUUACCUGACUUUUCUAAGACAUUUGAAAUUGAUUGUGAUGCUUCAGGUAUUGGAGUUGGAGCUGUGUUGAACCAAGGUGGAAGGCCUAUUGCCUACUUUAGUGAGAAACUCAAUGGGGCUGCAUUGAACUACUCAACUUAUGAUAAAGAAUUGUACGCCCUCAUUCGAGCACUACAAGUGUGGCAGCACUAUUUAAGACCUAAGGAGUUCGUGAUACAUACCGAUCAUGAGUUCCUUAAGUACCUUAAGGCCCAGCACACCUUGAGCAAGAAGCAUGCAAGGUGGAUUGCAUUCGUGGAGUCCUUUCCGUACGUGAUUAAAUACAAGGCUGGUAAGUCUAAUGUGGUUGGGAUGCACUCUCCCGAAGGUACUCUCUACUCACCUCCUUAG